AUGGGGCUGCUGGACAAAUUGUCGGGCUGGCUCGGCCUGAGGAAGAAGGAGGUCAACGUUUUGUGUUUGGGGUUGGACAACAGCGGCAAAACUACCAUCAUCAACCAACUCAAACCGUCUAAUACACAGGCACAAGAAAUAGUCCCAACAAUUGGCUUCAACAUUGAAAAGUUCAAGAGUUCAAGCCUGUCUUUUACAGUAUUUGAUAUGUCUGGGCAGAGCAGAUACAGAAACCUAUGGGAGCAUUACUACAAAGAAAGUCAUGCCAUCAUAUUUGUCAUUGACAGCGGUGACAAACUGAGAAUGGUUGUUGCCAAAGAGGAACUAGAUACUCUUCUCAACCACGAAGAUAUCCGCAGCAAAAAGAUGCCUGUAUUGUUCUUUGCUAACAAGAUGGAUCUGCGGGAUGCCGUGUCUUCUGUCAAGGUGUCCCAGAUGUUGUCUUUAGAGAACAUCAAAGAAAAACCCUGGCACAUCUGCGCCAGCAAUGCUAUCAAAGGAGAGGGCCUCCAGGAAGGGCUAGACUGGCUACAAGAACAAAUUGCACAAUCAUAUCAAAACAAUGAACAUGUGAAUGACUGA